AUGGUGUCAACCCCGCUUCACCCGCUUGAUCCUGCCACGGCGGAAGAGCUUGAGUAUGCCGUCCAUAUUGUGAGGGAAAGUCUGCCCGGCGUGGAGCUGCACUUCAAAGUUGCCGGGCUCGAGGAGCCGCCGAAAAAGGAGAUGGUGAAGUUCCUUGAGGCUGAACAUGCUGGUCGACCGGUCAGCGCUCCGAACAGAUGGAUAUUCAUGAUGUACUAUAUCAAGAAGAACCCCCGGCUUUUUGAGUGCAUUGUGGACAUCACGGCCGGCGAGAUCAUCCAUCAUGCGGAGUUGCCGCGGACUCAACACGCCCCUGUGGACCGGAUCGAGCUUAACGAAGCCGCACAGGUGGCACUGGCCGACCAAGGGGUCAAAAAGGAGCUGGAAAGACUCCAAAUCGGCGACAAUGUGGUCGUCCUUGACCCUUGGGACUAUGGAAAAGACGACGAGUACGAGCAGCGUCGACUGACGCAGAUAUUCUUCUACAAGCGAAACCCCAAAAACAAUUCCCCCGAUUCCAACCACUAUGCCUUCCCUCUUGACUUCAUGGCUAUUGUCGACCUCAUCGAGAUGAGAGUCAUCAAAAUCUGCCACUUGCCUCUGGGAGCAGAAGCCAUCACCACCAAGCACACCGGGGCUCGAAAGGUGCAACCCGAAUAUGACCACACAUUGCAGAGCAAACCUGCCCGGACAAGCCUACGCCCACUCAUUGUAACUCAGCCCGAGGGAGCCAGUUUCAAACUGACGGGAAACUUGGUGGAGUGGGAGAAGUGGCGCUUCCGAGUUGGGUUCAAUUGGCGAGAGGGAAUGAUUCUGCACGAUGUCACCUUUGACGGCCGACCGGUCCUCUUCAGGAUUUCUCUUUCCGAGAUGUUUGUACCGUAUGGCGACCCACGGGACCCGCUUCACCGCAAAGGAGCCUUCGAUUUGGGCAAUGUCGGAGCUGGUGUGACAGCGAAUGACCUUUCUCUCGGCUGCGAUUGUCUGGGAUUGAUUGCAUACCUCUCAGGCCACGUCAUCAAUGCCCGGGGCGAGGUGGUUGAGAAGAAGAACUGUGUCUGCAUACACGAAGUCGACGCGGGAAUCCAAUGGAAACAUACCAACCACCGAACUGGUAAGGCUUCGGUGGUGAGGAAGAGGCAGUUGCAGCUGCAGACAAUCAUCACCGUGGCCAACUAUGAGUACAUUUUCUACUACAUUCUGGACCAGUCGGGAGAGAUCGAAUUUGAGACCCGCGCGACUGGAAUCUUGUCGACCACCCCGAUUGACCCUGAGAACACCGACAAAGUCCCCUUCGCCACUCGAGUCGGCAACGGUGUGUUGGCUCCAUACCAUCAACACAUCUUCAAUCUUCGCAUCGAUCCUGCAAUCGACAGCUACACCAACAACACAGUCUCCUUUGUUGACAGUGUUCCUAUGCCCCGGGAUCGUGUUCUCAACCCUUAUGGAACAGGUUACAUAACGGAAGAGACCAAGGUCACCCGGUCAAGUUCACAGCAGACAGAUCCUUCUAAAGCUCGAAUUUUCAAGAUCUUCAAUCCCAACAAGAUCAACCCGGUCUCUUUGUCCCCCGUGGGCUACAAACUGAUCCCCAUCAAUUCACAGGCCCUUCUUGCGGAUGGAAACUCCUGGCACUACCGUCGAUCGCAUUUCGCCGAAGCUCCCAUCUGGGUCACAAAGUACAAGGACCGAGAACUUUUCCCGGCCGGCGACUACACCAACCAAGGCGACGGCAGUGACGGGAUCCGAAACUGGGUGGCGCGGAACGAUAAUGUCGAGAACGAGGACAUUGUUCUGUGGCACACCUACACUUUUACCCACAAUCCACGCCCGGAAGACUUCCCCAUCAUGCCCGCCGAGUCAGUCCGCGUUGCCCUGAAGCCUUAUAGCUUCUUCAACUACAACCCGACCAUGGACGUUCCUCCUUCCAACCAGGGAUUCAACAAGAGUACUGCAUACGACCCCACAUUGCAAGUCGGUGCUGAUGGCGUUGGUCGCGAUGCUGGACCGAAACACGCCGCGAGCGGUGGCGAGGGAGAGUCAUGCUGUCCGAAAUUAUAA